AUGAGAACAUCGUCCCAGGAGAAAGUUCAGCGGAUGUCAGAGCAAAGUGAUCUGGCAUUGCUGAGCGUAAGCCACCCGGUCCGAUGGGCGGUGCGGAAUGAGGUUGCCCGGGUGGCCGGGGCUGCGCAGGAUCUGGCCCCGGAGGUUGAGCAGGCAUGUCGCCGAUUAGUCGGUGAGGAGGCGCAGAUGCAGGCUGACAAGUGGGCCCAAGCUUUCCACUAUCACAAGCAGGUCGCGAGCGAAGCGCUGACGACGGCGAUCGCGGAGCCGCGGUCCGAGGUGAAGGCCCUGCGCCUCGCCCUGUCCGAACAGGAAGCUGCAAUGGCUGCCCGGUUUGAGCGCCUUGCAGGUGAUGUGCAGCGACAGGAUCGAGCAAUCAGCAGCCGCUUGAAGCAUGAGAUCGAAGAGUUGACGGUCGGCGUGGAAGAGCGGAUGGCUGCCGCUUCCGCGACGGCACGGCAGGCAGUGCAAGAGCAGCGGCAAGAGGUCCUCAAGCAGCUGGAUCCGGUGAUGGAGCGGCUUACAGAGGCCGCUGGCUGUUUCAAGCAGCCGCAGCUCG